AUGGAAAAGGCCUUUCCUUCAGAUUCCCAUGCUGGCAUUUCUGUGAGGAUUUCGGGUAUUAUCUCCAUGGUGGGCCAAGGCACAGAGACAGGACUGACUCAGAAUGCAGAGCCAGAGCCCCGGAGCCUCUCCCUUGGUGGCCACGUGGGCUUCGAUAGCCUCCCGGACCAGCUCGUCAGCAAGUCAGUCACACAGGGCUUCAGCUUUAAUAUCCUCUGCGUGGGGGAGACUGGCAUUGGCAAGUCCACGCUGAUGAACACGCUCUUCAACACGACCUUCGAGACCGAGGAAGCCAGUCAUCAUGAGGAGUGUGUGCGCCUGCGGCCCCAGACCUACGACCUCCAAGAGAGCAACGUGCACCUCAAGCUGACCAUCGUGGAUGCUGUGGGCUUUGGGGAUCAGAUCAAUAAGGAUGAGAGUUACAGGCCCAUAGUUGACUACAUCGACGCGCAGUUUGAAAACUACCUGCAGGAGGAGCUGAAGAUCCGCCGCUCACUCUUCGACUACCACGACACGAGGGUCCACGUCUGCCUCUACUUUAUCACGCCCACUGGGCACUCCCUCAAGUCCCUGGAUCUGGUGACCAUGAAGAAACUAGACAGCAAGGUGAACAUUAUUCCCAUCAUUGCCAAGGCUGACACCAUCUCCAAGAGUGAGCUCCACAAGUUCAAGAUCAAGAUCAUGGGCGAGCUGGUCAGCAAUGGGGUUCAGAUAUACCAGUUUCCCACUGAUGAUGAGGCUGUUGCCGAGAUUAACGCAGUCAUGAACGCGCACUUGCCCUUCGCUGUGGUAGGCAGCACUGAGGAGGUGAAGGUGGGGAACAAGCUGGUCCGAGCACGGCAGUACCCAUGGGGAGUGGUGCAGGUGGAGAAUGAGAACCACUGUGACUUUGUGAAGCUCCGGGAGAUGUUGAUCAGAGUGAACAUGGAGGACCUCCGAGAACAGACCCACAGUCGGCACUACGAGCUGUACCGGCGCUGCAAGCUGGAGGAGAUGGGCUUCCAGGACAGCGAUGGUGACAGCCAGCCCUUCAGUCUGCAGGAGACUUACGAGGCCAAGCGCAAGGAGUUCCUGAGUGAGCUGCAGAGGAAGGAGGAAGAGAUGAGGCAGAUGUUCGUCAACAAAGUGAAGGAGACAGAGCUGGAGCUGAAGGAGAAGGAGAGGGAGCUGCACGAGAAGUUUGAGCACCUCAAGCGGGUCCACCAGGAGGAGAAGCGCAAGGUGGAGGAGAAGCGCAGGGAGCUGGAGGAGGAGACUAGCGCCUUCAACCGCAGGAAGGCCGCGGUGGAGGCCCUGCAGUCCCAGGCCUUGCACGCCACCUCGCAGCAGCCUCUGAGGAAGGACAAGGACAAGAAGAACAGAUCAGAUAUAGGAGUACACCAGUCGGGCAUGAGCCUCUCCAACUCUAAGGUGAUGAUGACCAAGGCCAGUGUGGAGCCCUUGAACUGCAGCAGCUGGUGGCCCGCCAUACAGUGCUGCAGCUGCCUGGUCAGGGACGCGACGUGGAGGGAAGGAUUCCUCUGA